AUGGCUAGCACUACACCCUUGAAUGUUCUCGUCUUCAGUAAGACUACCGGGUACCGCCACGAUUCCAUCCCAGCCGGAAUACGUAUGUUCCACAAAUUGGCCAACGAUGCAGAAUUCUUCAAUGUCACAGCUAGUGAAGAUGCCUCGUUGUUUACGUCGUCCUCGCUAACUCAAUACCACGUCGUCGUCCUCCUUCAAAACAUUGGUGACGAGAUCUUCACUCUCCCAGAACUGGAUGCAUUGAAGAUCUGGGUGCAAAAUGGGGGCGGUAUCGUGGCUAUCCACGGUGCGGCCGCAGCUAUGCAAGGAAACGAAUGCUAUACGAACUUGAUCGGUGCGAGUUUCGAUAUGCAUCCUGAUCCUGAAGCCGGCACUAUCCUUCCUGAAAAGGCUUCUCAGGAACAUCAGAUCAUGAGAUGCUGUGGUGGGCGCGAGGGCUGGAAGGACGAAUGGUAUAACUUCCACACGCAUCCUAGGGAGAACAAGAACCUGCAGAUCUUACUGAGGGGAGAUCCGGAAACGUUUAGCGGGGGGAAGCAUGGAGCUGACCACCCCUUAGCUGAAAUCGAAGGCGGAAGAGUGUUCUUUACGGCGCUAGGGCAUUUCGAUGAAGCGUACGAGGACAGUUGGUUCGUGGGACAGGUGAAGAGAGGUAUGUUCUGGGUUUCAGGGAGAACAGAAGGCUGA